AUGCAUGUAACAAAGUGCGAAGAGACACCGUGGCCUGUGAUCAUUAUUAUUUUACUCUUGUCUGUUGACGGAGGGGCGAGCAUCAAGUGGCUGGCUCUGGGGAAAACUAACGACGCCCGUAUAUGGACGAGGGAGGCCUGCACGGCUGCGAAAAGCUCAGGGCUACUUGAGAGGAAGCAAGCACGAGCCUGUCGGGCCACGACCGACGUCAUGCCCAGCAUUGUUCAAGCAGCGAGGGAUACUAUUAACGUAUGUCAACAGGCUUUCAGGAAUCGACGGUGGAACUGCAGUAGUAUCGAACGGGCGCCUCAUUAUACUCCUGAUUUACUCUCAGGAACGAGGGAGCAGGCCUUCGUCUACGCCAUGUCGGCAGCAGCUGCUGUGUGGCGACUGGCACGUGGAUGUGCACUGGGGAAUCUAGCGGCGUGCUCCUGUGCGACUCCACCGAGACGAGAACCUCCGUCACCCUCAGCCCUCACCGCCUCCAGUUCCUUCACCUCAAAGUCUGUAUCCUUCGACGCUAUGUCUGCGAGAAAUUCAUUCAAAUGGGGCGGUUGUGGGGACGACGUCAGGUCAGCCUCGAGACUCGCCAAGAGAUUCUUGCAGGGCUCCAGCCCAACGGGAACUGGCUCCACCGCGAAAUUUAUGCAUGCUGUUAAUAUGCAUAAUAAUCGCGCUGGUCGAAGGGCUGUCGAACAAUCAUUGACUCUGGAGUGCAAAUGCCACGGCGUAUCAGGCUCCUGCAGUGUAAGAACAUGCUGGCGUGGCCUCGACUCAAAGGGUCCGUCGGCAGCCGGUGCCCGCCUAUUCCGCAAAUACGCAACUGCUGCCGAGGUCAGACCGAAAUCCGGCAGUCGUCUCCCACCGCUCUAUCAUCACGACAAUUUGUUGUACACAACCAAGAGUCCGGACUACUGUAUGCCAGACAAAAAACGGGGCAGCCUAGGAACAAUUGGAAGACAAUGCAACGGUAGUAGUUCAGGCUACGAGGGCUGCGAAUACCUCUGCUGUGGACGCGGCCACAUCACCAAAACCCGAGAAAUCCUCGAGAGGUGUCAAUGCAAAUACAUCAGCUGUUGUUACAGUGUACAGUGUAAAACAUGCCGAAGUGUAAUUACCACAUACGAGUGCAAUUGAA